GUAAUCCCACUGGGUUAUUUAUAGACAUUGCUUUUCCGUACGUGGCAGUCUUGUACAAUGUCAGGCAGCUCAGACUCAAGCUCUUCGAAUUCAGAGGACAGUUAUUACACCUUUCUUGACUUUUACCAACACUCAGAAUCACGGAGAGGUGAGGAUGGUCAGGAUAGUCACGAUAAUGGCGUGGAACCAGGACUUCCGGAUACCGUUAGUAUCGAAUCACUCAAAGACCUUGCUGCACGAGAGACAUCGAAGUACUGGGGUUGUGCUGAGCUGGAGUGUACGAAUUUAUCGUUGGAUGAUCACCUUCUAGAGAGGAUCUGUGCGAAAGCUUCCCCUGUGGACCAGAAGAAACUAAAGAGUUGUGCAACUCUUUGUUCAAAAUCUUAUCGUUAUCUAUGGGAUCAUGCAGAAUGUUUAGUAAAAGCAGGGUCAGUAAAGGAAUGUAGACAGAUAGGGUUUUUAUUGGCUGCACAAGUAGCACGAUUAGAAACAAGUCCAAGGAAAGCGCAGGAACAUGCCAGUGUUAGUGUUAAGUUUGAGAAACAGCGUAUUACAUAUGUCUCCUGUUCGAAAUGCUUGUCGGAGUUCUGGUGUGAGCAUAUACUGGCCGCUAUCUUAUACAGAGCACGGUUUCCUGAAAAGGUCAGAACUAGAUUUAUUUCUUUUCAAUCUGAUAUUUCUACAAAUGUCUUGCCCACAAUCCUUCCAGAAAAUGCUUCUUCUCAAAGUUAAAGCUAGAUUGUUAAUUUUCAAGCUGGUAUUAUUUGUCGAAACUGAUUUUAAUUGUUAUAUUUUGUUUGGUGGUUUUAAUAUUUAAAAAAUUGUGGAACAUGUGUAUUCUCUCUGGUAAUAUUUACUCCGUA